AGAACACCUCAACCCGAUGACGAUCUAUGUCGUCUCAUUUGCUUGCAUGAGCCUGCGAUUCUACAUUCACUGCAGCAACGCUUCAGCAGGGAUGUGAUCUAUACCGCAACGGGACCGAUUCUCAUAGCAGUGAAUCCUUUCAAGGUAAUUUCUCGUGACAAGUUUGUUGGAGAUAUUGGAACUCGUCUUUUUAUCGCCAAUGAUGAACUAGAGAAAGAGAAGUAAGAUUAAAGGUUGAACACUUUGGUAGGGGUUUAGGGUGUUUUUUUUAGUAGCAUUCUCAAAUGGAGAAGGCUUGUAAAACUAAAAAUGAAUAUGAAAUGCUUCGACCCUUAAUAAAUAAGAAGUAGAUGGAAACAUGCUGCUCGCUUUUCUUGCACAAGUUAACCACCUCCAGCCCUCGAGCAUGACGUCAAACUUCAGCGUUCUUUUGAUAUUGAUCCUUCAUCCCGAUUACACACCCUCAGACUCUUCCUGGCCUUUACGAUUUUGCUAAUUGGACGGGGAAACGACCCCACGUUUACACGACAGCCGAAGCUGCCUACAGGCAACUAAGAGAUCGGAAGAAAUCUCAAACAAUCUUAAUUAGCGGAGAAAGUGGCUCAGGCAAGACGGAAUCGACGAAAUUUGUGAUUAUGGAAAGGUUGAGUUGUUUUUCUUUGACGAUAUUUGUUCAGCCUUGUUGUUACUGGAGUCAGUUGGUGGCCACAAUUUUCUCUUACAUUCUCACUCUCAGCGAGAGAAUGAGAAGAUGGGUACUUAAAUAAAGCGAAGCUUCCCCCCGAGCUUCAUCAUCAUGAUGGGGUAAGAAUGAGCCCCACGGACAUUCCUCUAAGGCCCUGUCUUUCCUCGCAGCCAGAGGCGGA